AUGUACUCGACGUCGUUCGAUCCCUCCACGGCGCCAUCCGCGCGCCGCGGCGCCAUCCGCGCGGUACCUGGCCCCGCGGCGCCAUGCGCGCGGUACCUGGCCGUGGGGAAUCUCUGGGAGCAGCUGAGCAAGGCGCGCCUCCACCUGGCGGAAGCCAUGGCUCUCGCGCGCCACUGGGGGCGCACGCUCGUGCUGCCACGUGUGCGCAGCAACCGCAUCGGCGGCAACAACCCGCCACGUGGCAUGCUCCCCGCGUGCGCGUAUUUUGACACGGUGCUGAUGGGGCGGUUCGUGCCGUGGAUGCGUGAGGAGUAUCUCUGGCGGACAACCGCCUUGGUGCCAAAAACGAAGCUUCCAUUUCCCUCCUCCCCGCACCUACCCUCCUCCUGGAACUCAUCUCUCUACGCCCUGGCCUUCUCGCCCUCCUCGCCCCUCUACUGCACCACGAGCUGUGACGACCGCGCGUGGCUGCGCUGGGUGCCCCCGCGAGCAGACCACCUGCGCUUGCCCGAGGAGCUGGCCGUGCUCAUGAAUGCUCAUCCAGUUCACCCACACCGUGUGCCGGGGCUGCCUGUAACCGCUGGCGGAGCAAGCGAAGCAGCACCUAGCAUACGCCCCCCACCUGCACCGACUAGCCUCCUCCUUCACAGCCCAGCACCUGGGCGGAAGGCGGUACGUGGCAGCGCACUGGCGGAUGGAGAAGGCGAUGAUGAGCCACCGGUCGCCCGUGCAGAUGCACCUGUGCGUGCAGAUGCACCUGUGCGUGCAGAUGCACCAGUCGCCCGUGCAGAUGCACCUAUGCGUGCAGAUGCACCUGUGCGUGCAGAUGCACCUGUGCGUGCAGAUGCACCUGUGCGUGCAGAUGCACCGGUCGCCCGUGCAGAUGCACCUGUGCGUGCAGAUGCACCUGUGCGUGCAGAUGCACCUGUGCGUGCAGAUGCACCUGUGUGUGCAGAUGCACCUGUGCGUGCAGAUGCACCUGUGUGUGCAGAUGCACCUGUGUGUGCAGAUGCACCUGUGUGUGCAGAUGCACCUGAGCUCUAUGCCCUGCUCAAGCCCACUCGGCUCGAGUCAUUUCUCCCCGGUUUAAGAGAGGUGGAUCUUGGGGUGCAGCCAAUUGUUCCUCCCUCCCCCUCCCGUGCCUGUUCCCCACUCCCACGCACAUGCGCCCCUCGCCGUCUUCCCACCCCCGUGGCUAAUCUCAAUCCCCGCCCUCCAUUUUCAGGACCUUGUAAAGCUGCUGUGCAUAAAGGCGACAGUGUUCCUGUAACCACCACUCAACUGCAGAAACUCACAUCCCCAUGUAUGCCGUUCUCCCUUCCCAUGCGCCACCAUCCCCUUUUCCCCUUUUCUCCCCCCCCUCUCCCUUCCACCCCACCAGGCCAAAUUGGACAAGCUGCUGUGCAUAAAGGCGACAGUGUUCCUGCCAUAUUGGACAAGCUGCUGUGCAUGAAGGCAGCAGUGUUCCUGUACCUGCCACUCAACUGCAGAAACUCAUAUUCCCAUGUAUGCCCCUUCUUCCUUCCUCUUCCCUCCCGCCCCCUCACACCCCACCAGGCCAUAUUGGGCAAGCUGCUGUGCAUAAAGGCGACAGUGUUCCUGUACCCGCCAGUCAGCUGCAGGAACUAUGCGCCCACAGGGAGUGGCUCCGCAGUUGCAGAUGAGAUCUGCUGGUGGCGCGAGCGCCUAGCGCAGCAGCGGAAUGUGAGCAGGGGAGGGGAAGGUCGGACUGCGUCAGACAUCCCAGCAGAGAGCGCAGCGGCGGGGAACAGUGGGCAGAAACGGAAGGCGGAGAUUGGGGCGGGCGGAAGCGAUCGGAUCGACGGGGGAGGCGCGCAGGAGGCGAAGAGGCGAGACAAGGGGAAGGCAGUGGCGGCGGCGGACGCCAAGGGGAAGGGCAAGGCGGAGAGCGAGCGGCCCUCGCGCGCGCGCGGUAGCGAUUCUAGCGGCGGCGGCGGCGGCGGAAGCAGCAGCGAUGAUGGGAGCGACGGCGCCGCCGUGGCUGCUGUGAGGGCUUCGCGGGAUUGGCGCGCGGGGGAGGGGGAGGGGUCGCAAGGCGCGCGCGAGGGUGCGGAGGCGGAAGCGGAAGGUGAUGCGGGGGAAGGCGCGGACGUGCGGAUAGUGGCGGAGCCGUGGGGGACAGUGGACCUGGAUAAUAUCGUGGCGAGCAGGACUCGCAGUGGCAGGGAGUCUAGGCGCACUGGCGUGAGGAUAGCGGAGGGCGGCGAUGGUGGCGGCGGUGGUGGUGAUGCUGCUGCGGCGGCCGCUGCGUUGGUGGGCAGUGCAGGCGGUGGGAGUCAAGCGGGAAAGGAAACGGAGGGGGCAGAUGCAGAGGAAGAGGAUGAGGAUGAAGAGGAUGAGGAGUUUGAGGUAGAGGAGGAGGAGGAGGAGGACGAUGAGGAUGAUGACGAAGAUGAAUCAGACGAGGAAGAUGAGGAUGAGGAAGAGGAGGGGUAG